AUGCGGCUCCGUCCGAUCUUUUGGACUGGUACCACAUGUACGCGCGCCUCGAUCAGACCACAAUGGAGCUUUCGCCGCCAAUUGAUGACACUCGCCAUCGAGACCAGCUGCGACGACACGUCCGUGGCAAUUGUAGAGAAGAAGGUUGAAAAUGGGCGUGCCGUUGCGCAAUUGCACUUCCAUAAGAAGGUUACUGCAAACAAUGCCGAGUACCAAGGAGUGCAUCCCCUUGUGUCUUUGCGCUCGCACCAAGAAAACCUUGCAGAUCUGGUGAGCGAGGCCAUCAGCCAUCUUCCACCGAAGACCGCUAGCCGUGAUCAUGAUUUUGAGCAUGGAGGACUGGAAGCACAAAGACCAGAGGCAGUGUUAGACGUCACGAAGAAACGCCUGCCAGACUUCGUUUCGGUUACAAGAGGCCCUGGUAUGAGGUCGAACCUCUUCACGGGACUAGACACUGCAAAAGGCCUUGCCGUAGCAUGGCAGGCUCAUGCUCUGACCCCACGACUCGUGAGCGCGCUAGAACCAUCUGCAACGCCGACAUUAGAACCCGACUUUCCCUUUCUCUCUGUCCUCGCCUCCGGUGGCCAUACUCUGCUCAUACAAUCUGCAUCUUUGAACGAUCAUCAUUUGCUGGGUACCACAAAUGACAUUGCUGUUGGCGAAUAUUUGGACAAGGUCGCGCGUAUCUUGCUGCCGACUGAAUUGUUGCAGAGUACUAGAAGCACCAUGUACGGCGCGCUCCUGGAGAAGUUCGCUUUUGAAGGGAAUGCAAGUCAGACGGUAGAUUCGCAGAAGAGCAAAAGUACCUGCAACACAGGGUCCGCUCCACGAACUUCGACGUUUUCCAGUGCCACUGCAAGCUCCUCACAACAAUACCUGGACUCUAGCAGCCAUGAUUACACAUGGUACAAGGUCCCUCCCAAUCACGAGGAGGCCUUGAAGACGGCCAUGACCAAAUGGGGCUGGGCCUUCAAUCAGCCUUUAGUCACAGCGCAUUGUGGCCUCAAGGUGAACGACAUCGAGCUCAGUUUUUCCGGCCUGUUGACUGCAGUCGAGCGCGUUAUUGGAUAUCAGACUGAUCCAGUCACAAGGAAGCGUACCAAAAUCGAGCGGACCCUUGACGAGAUCAGCCUUGAAGAAAAGAAACACAUUGCAAGGGAAGCGAUGCGCGCGGCCUUUGAGCAUGUCGCGUAUCGUGUGGUUCUAGCACUACGAUCCCUAGCCAGUGACCCGGCACCUCGAUCCGUUGUUCUCGCUGGCGGUGUAGCAGCGAACUCUUUCUUGAGGCACAUACUCGCUAGUACUCUUUGCGCCCGCGGCUUCUCACACAUAAAUCUCUACUUUCCACCGCCAAGCUUCUGUACCGACAACGCUGCCAUGAUUGCAUGGACCGGAAUUGAGAUGUUCGAGGCUGGUCACACUGAUACGCUCAGUAUCCGGGCUAUACGAAAAUGGCCGCUAAACCAACUGCUAGACCCUGUAGUCGACGGCUAG